GCGUCUGUUCAACCCGAAGUUUGCUCAUCGCCUUAACCUAGGCGAUCUCAUGAAAUGCAUUGAUUCUUAGACUGCGUUGGUUUGCAUUGCAGCGAUCGCGUGCACUCACGGGAGAAGUUUAUGAAUUGCCGCACUGAGGGAAUUGGGUAUUUUGUGGCGUAGCCUCGUAGGCGAUGGGUGUCCAUGGAGCUAAUGGGACACAACCCUUGGAGUGUAUCGACAUGGCCUCUCCGGAUAAGCACUCCAAUGCAGCUCGAGUCCGGAAGGCGUGUGUGACCUCCGGGUUCUUCUACAUCGUGAACCAUGGAGUGGACCCGGUAUUGUUAGAAGAGGUUUUUACACAGAGCAAAAAUUUCUUUUCUCUACCAUUGGAGGAAAAGAUGAAAGUGAUCCAUGAUAAGAAUCACCGAGGUUACACACCUUUUGAGGAGGAGAUUCUGGACCCAGACACUCAAUCGAAAGGUGAUUCGAAGGAGGGUUACUACGUCGGGGUUCCAAUCCCGGAAAGUGAUCCACGUUCAAGGAAGCCUUUGCAUGGACCCAAUCAGUAUCCUUCCCCGGAUGUGCUACCAGGAUGGCAGGAGACCAUGGAUCAUUAUCAUAGCGAACUCAUAAAGCUAUCGAAAAGAGUGUCUCGGUUGAUUGCUUUGGCACUCAACCUUGAAGAGACUUACUUCGAGAAGCCAGGCAUCACUGAUGAUCCUAUGGCAAGUUUGCGACUUCUUCAUUAUUCCGAUGAGAAAUCAAAUGUUGAACUUGGAAUAUAUGGAACUGGUGCUCAUUCUGAUUAUGGCCUGAUUACUCUUCUUGCUACGGACGACGUGCCUGGUCUCCAGAUUUGCAGGGAUAAAACUGCAGUACCCCAGGUUUGGGAGGAUGUCCCACCAAUGAAGGGGGCUUAUAUUGUGAAUUUGGGAGACAUGCUUGAAAGAUGGAGUAACGGACUCUUCCGUUCAACUCUUCACCGAGUCGUAAGCCAGGGAAUUGAGCGAUACUCGAUACCCUUCUUCUUUGAGCCCAAUUAUGACUGUUUAGUGGAGUGCCUUCCAACUUGUUGUUCAGAGAACAACCCUCCCAAGUAUCCACCCAUGACAAGUGGAAACCACCUUUUGAGCAAGUACAAACAGACUCACAAAGGGUUUGUUUCUGACCAGAAACUUGGAUCCUCAGAUAGUUGAAGGUCGAUAGUGUAAAACUACAGUUUCAUGUCCGAUGAGCUCUAGCUCAUGUAAUGAAGAUCUGGUUAGUUGCCUACUUUUUUUUAGUUGAGUAAAUAUUCCUAUGUCCACAUACUAUACUCAUUAUUCUCUACCACUUCUAAAUUCAUAAAAUAAUGCAUUUGUAUUGAAAAUUCCUUAUGAUUGAAUAUAAUUAAACAAAGAAUGACCAUUUGCAAGA